AUGGCAGCCCAUAUCUCGGGGGGCCCUGGGAAUUUGCUAUAUUAUAUUUAUUUUCCUCUUUUUCAGAUGAUCAUCAAGAUAAAAGUUUUUCUUUUCACUAUGGCAUUUGCCAUACUUUGUUUAAGCAUAUUCACAAUGCUGAAUUGUACUGAAGUCUGGUCAUUCUUUCAAAAGGAUGCAUCAAUUUUCAAGAGAAAGGAUAGUGAUUUUUUCAAACUGCCCGAUAUAGAUUGCAGUAGAAAUCCACCAUUCUUAGUAAUACUUGUAACAUCUCGUCUUGGCCAAAUUAAGUCCCGGAUGGCUAUCCGUGAAACGUGGGGCAAAGAAAGAGUAAUUGCUGACAAACGCAUUGUGACAUUUUUUCUCCUGGGAAACUCUUUGCAGUCCUAUAACCAGCUUAUUGUUACUGCAGAAAAUUUACUAUUUAGAGACAUCAUCCAAAAGGAUUUUCUGGACACGUAUUAUAAUUUAACUUUAAAGACACUGAUGGGCCUUGAAUGGGUUCACAAAUUCUGUCCACAAUCUAGCUUUGUCAUGAAAACUGAUUCUGAUAUGUUUGUUAAUACCUAUUACUUGACAGAACUCCUUUUGAAAAGAAACAAAACAACCAGAUUCUUCACAGGUGUUUUAAAAAUGCAUGAUGGUCCAAUAAGAGAUCCAGGGAGUAAAUGGUAUGUGAGUAAAGAAGAAUACCCAGAGAAUAAAUACCCUCCAUUUUGUUCAGGAACUGGUUAUGUCUUCUCUGCUGAUGUUGCUAGUCAUGUGUACAUAGUUGCAAAAAAGGUUCGUUUUUUAAAGCUGGAAGAUGUGUUUGUAGGUCUGUGCCUGGCUGAACUCAAAAUUAAACCAGAAAUGCUUCAUUCAGAGCCAACAUUUUUUGCAGACCGGGUUGAAUUUUCUCCUUGCCGCUACAGGAAACUUAUCACAAGCCAUUUUGUCACUGCUACUGAAAUGAUGGUGUAUUGGAAUGGACUAGAGAGGUCCAUGGUUGAAGAAUGCCCAGGAGUUCAAUGA